CGUAGGAGAAAGUUUCUGGAGAGGAAUAGAGCAGCAGCGGCAAGAUGUCGUCAAAAACGGAAAACAUGGGUCAACAGUUUGGAGAAAAAGGCUGAUGAUUUACAAAAUGUCAAUGUAAAAUUACAGAGUGAAGUUAGUUUAUUACGUCGAGAAGUAGCUCAGUUAAAAACUUUAUUACUAGCU